AUGUUAUCGAAACAUUUCACAGAGCUUAAAAGACUCGCUAUAAACUAAACUCACACCUCAAAGUUACUCUCUACAUUCUAGAAUGUUAAACUAACCAAUACUCAACUGAGACCAUUUGCCAAGAAUGUAAACAGUACUCUCCACCAUAAGAACAAGCUGCAAGUAUCCCAGCAUAUUCUAAGCAAGAAUCUCAGCUAUCUUCAGAACAAUAAGAUUUCCCAAGCUCUUAAGCCAUCAGACAACUUUCCUUAAAGACAUCUUGGUAACGACAAAAAGAAUACUCAAGAGAUCUUAAACACAUUAGGUGUAUAAACAAUUGAAGAACUGAUGGAUCAAGUUGUUCCCUCAAACAUUAGAUUAAAGAGCGGAUCAGCAUUCAUUCAUAAUGGGAAAGAGCUACAUGGUAUUGAGUCAGAGACAAUGCUUCUUGCAAAUCUAAGAGAUCUCGCCAACACUAACAAAGUCUUCAGAUCAUUCCAAGGUACCGGCUACUAUCCAACUAACUUGCCUAGUGUUAUUAGAAGAAACGUGCUCGAAAAUCCAAACUGGUACACUCCAUAUACCCCAUAUUAGGCUGAGAUCGCUCAAGGUAGACUUGAGUCUCUCCUCAAUUACUAAACUAUGAUUACUGAGCUUACUAAACUCGAUGUCUCGAAUGCUUCUCUCCUCGAUGAAGCCACUUCAGCUGCUGAGGCUAUGUUCAUGGCAUACAAUGUACAUGAUGGAAAAAGAAGAAAGUUCUUCGUUUCAAGCAGUAUGUUCCCACAAAACAUAGAUGUGGUAAAGACCAAGGCUUUUGGACUAAAUAUUGAGUUAGUUAUUGAUGAGCCAGCUAAUUUCGAUUGGAGCAAGGCUAAUGAGUUCUGCGGAUUCAUGCUACAGAACCCAGACAAUCUAGGAAAUGUCUCCAACAUUUCAGAAUUAACCCAAAAACUUAGAGAUAACAAAAUUGUUUCAGUGGUUAUUGCUGAUAUUUUAUCAUUGGCUGUAAUCAAGCCACCAGGUGAAAUGGGAGUGGAUAUUGCAGUCGGUUCAGUACAAAGAUUCGGAGUGCCAAUGGCAUUUGGUGGUCCUCAUCCAGGUUACAUGGCUUGCAGAGAUGAGUUCAAGAGAAAAAUGCCAGGUCGUCUUAUUGGUGUAUCUAAGGAUUCCCAUGGAGAUAAGGCCUAUAGAAUGGCACUUUAAACCAGAGAACAACACAUUAGAAGAGACAAGGCUACCUCAAAUAUUUGCACUGCCUAAGCUCUUCUUGCUAAUAUCUCAGCAUUCUUUGGUCAAUGGUACGGACCUGAAGGAUUGAAGAAGUAAGCUGAAAGAGUUCAAUAUUUCUCUGAAAUUCUUAUUGAUGAACUUUCCAGCCUUGGAUAUACUAUAGUUACUGAUAAAAACAAUCACUUCGACACAGUUACCAUCGAUGCCAAGAAGUCUGGUGUCUCUUCAUCAGAUGCAGUUCUCCAUGAAUUCGAAAAAUACGGAAUAAACCUAAGAAAGAUCGAUGAUAGCCUGGUGAGUUUAGCAUUCAAUGAGACCACUUCUCUUAUAGACUUAGAUGAAGUUAUUGAAAUCUUUGCAGAUCUUAAGGGAAAUCAAACAACUUAAGGAUUCCUCACUCAGGAAUUCUAUGAGAAGAGGCAAUACAGAGGUCCAUCAGCCAACUUAAAAAGAAAGUCAGCAUUCAUGACUCAACCUCAAUUCAAUGAAAUCACCAGUGAAACUCAGAUGAUGAGGUAUAUUCAGAGAUUAGCUGAUAAGGAUAUCGGAUUAACCAAUUCAAUGAUUGCUCUAGGAUCCUGCACACUUAAACUAAACUCUGCUAUUUCUAUGAUUCCUAUCACUUGGGCUGGAUUUGCUGGAAUUCAUCCAUUUGCACCAAAAGAUCAGGUCAAGGGCUACAUGAAACUAAUUAAGGAAUUAGAAGAUGAUUUAGUCGCCAUAACCUAAUACGAUGCAAUCUCACUUCAACCAAACUCUGGAGCCAACGGAGAAUAUGCAGGAUUAAUGGCUAUUAAGAAAUAUCAUGAAAGCAGAGGGGAUCUCCAAAGAGAUAUUUGCCUUAUUCCUGUUUCAGCUCAUGGCACCAACCCAGCCUCAGCUGCUCUUUGUAACAUGAAAAUCGUUGUUGUAAAGUGUGAUGCCAAUGGUAACAUUGAUGUCCAAGAUCUUAAACAAAAAGCUGAAGAGCAUAAGGACAAAUUGGCUGCAUUCAUGAUUACAUAUCCAUCCACUCAUGGUGUUUUCGAAGCUGCCGUCAUUGAAAUGUGCGAUAUUAUCCAUAAAAACGGAGGGCAAGUCUAUAUGGAUGGUGCUAACUUCAAUGCCUAAAUGGGAUUGACUUCCCCAGGAUUUGUUGGAGCCGAUGUUGGCCACUUGAACUUGCACAAGACUUUCUCAAUUCCCCAUGGUGGUGGUGGUCCAGGUGUUGGCCCAAUUGGAGUUAAAAAGCACUUAGAACCAUUCAUGCCAGGACAUCCUCUUAUCCCAGUCAAUGGAAGAAACUCCCUUGCAGUCGCAGCAGCUCCAUAUGGAAGUGCUGGUAUUCUCCCAAUUCCUUAUGCCUAUAUAAAAAUGAUGGGUAAGCAAGGUCUUCUUGACUCUUCAAGACAUGCUAUUAUGAGUGCUAACUAUAUAGCUAAACAACUUGAGGGUGAUUACAAGAUUUUAUAUACUGGUUAAAACGGUAGAGUUGCUCAUGAGUUUAUUCUUGAUAUGAGAGACUUUAAGAAAACUUCUGAUGUCACUGAGACUGAUAUCGCAAAGAGACUUAUGGAUUAUGGAUUCCAUGCCCCAACAGUUUCAUUCCCAGUUCCAGGCAGUCUCAUGAUUGAGCCUACUGAGUCUGAGGAUAAAGUAGAAAUGGACAGAUUCAUUGAUGCAAUGAGAAGGAUUAGACAAGAAAUUAGAGAAAUCGAAGAGGGAAAAGCUGAUAGAGUCGAUAACGUUAUUAAGAAUUCUCCACACACCCUUAAACACUUAAUCUGCCACGAUUGGACUCACAGCUAUUCAAGAGAAAAAGCUGCCUAUCCAGCACCAUGGCUUCACACCAGAGGUAAAGUCUAUCCAGCAGUUGGAAGAAUCGAUAAUGUCCAUGGAGACAGAAACCUCAUCUGUACAUGCCCACCAGUCACCGACUUCCUUUGA